GACGUAUAAUGGCUGUAAAUCAUUCAUUCAUUCAUUGCGAGAACAAAUAUUUUUAAAACGUUUUCUGCCACCACCAGUAGGUGGCGGUAUGAGCUUCAGUUUACUCGUUCUUCCGCCGGAAACCGGAAAUAGAAAGAAUAACAACAAAGACAUUCUACAGACUGUUCACAUCGAGAAAGAUGGCGGACGAGGAGGACGAGGCUGGCUUCGAAGAGGAGCUGAUGGAGGACGGCUCCGGCGGCGGAGUCGAUGUGGGCCACGGCCGGAGGAAGAGGCUCUUCUCCAAGGAGCUCCGCUGCAUGAUGUACGGGUUCGGAGACGACCAGAACCCGUACACGGAGUCCGUGGACAUCCUGGAGGACCUGGUGAUCGAGUUCAUCACGGAAAUGACCCACAAGUCCAUGUCGAUCGGGCGCCAGGGCCGCGUCCAGGUGGAGGACAUCGUCUUUCUGAUCCGCAAAGACCCCAGGAAGUUCGCCCGAGUCAAAGACCUGCUGACCAUGAACGAGGAGCUGAAGAGAGCCAGGAAAGCUUUUGAUGAAGCUAAUUAUGGCUCCUAACUCUCACACUGUUUAUUGACACUUCUCUGUUUAUUCUCAUUUAAAACGACCAAACUUUGUGUUUUAUUGACAUUUGUUUUGUACAGAUACAACAUGUCAUUCUUACUAAAAUAAAUUAACUUUCAUUUAGUUAAACAAA